AGUUGUGUUGCAUAAGGCUCGUUUAAUUUUAGAACACUCUUUACAUUCAAGUCUGAUUAUUAAAGUAGUGACGAUUGAUUAUAUUUAUUUUAUACAUUCAUACGUUUUUUAUUGAGAUAACGAGUAGUAAUAUUGAUAGCUCCAACUAGUACUGUUAUAGUAGGAUUUAAAUAAAUAUGCCAAUUUUGAACUUUUUUAUUCUGAUCUCUUUUUGUUUUAUAAAUGUUAAAGCUAUGGCAAUCGAAGGAAGGGCUUUGGCUAGGUAUGAUCCAUGUGGUUUGGGAAUAGUACAUUUUGAUAGGCUCACGGAGAGAGUGUGGCGUGGUGUGAUCAAUCUUGGACUUUACUCUAGCUUAUUAGAGGUGGAAAUCGGGGUACAAUUUGAGAAGAAAGUAAGAAUUUAUGCGGCACCACAGAAUACUUCUAUAUACUUCAAUGAUGACACACAAGAAUUUAUUUUUAAACCUAACGGACAUCCACCUAUGGUUUACACAUUUUUCUUGGCGGUAGACUUCUUGGCUCAAAAUAAUAGUGAUGUACCAACUGUCACUAAAUUCAGUUUGAAUAACGUCACACUUUGUAAUGACGACAUAAAGGCUGCACAAACCUUGAAGUCCUUAAAUCUAACUAAAGAAUCCGAUAAGUACCAAACCCACGUAUGUGGUCGGCGGUCACUUGGUAACACUGAACUAGUGACGAUGCAGACAGACGCGAAGACUGGUGACUGGCCCUGGCAUGUCGCUAUCUUCAUCACAGAAUCUGAAUCUAAUCAAACGUCAUAUUACUGUGGCGGAAAUAUUAUCUCUAGGACAGCUGUUGUUACAGCUGGCCAUUGUGUUUUUAAGGAUAAUAUAAGGGUACAACCAUAUAGAAUCACAGUAAUAGCUGGAUCAAGCCAUCACAAAGCAUUUAUUCAACCUGGAAUACAGACUCUGAAGGCCACCGAUGUAAUUUUACAUCCCAGCUACGAUGCAAGUCAAGCUACAGCAGACAUAGCCAUCAUAAAAGUGAACAGCUUUACAUAUAGUGCAUACGUUCAGCCCAUCUGUGUAUGGGGCCCUGUUUAUAGCAAGAACGAUUUAAUUGGGCAAAUUGCAACGGUGGUUGGUUUCGGUCAUGACAAUGAUAAUAACCCUUCUGACGUACUUCGAGCUGCAUUUAUCAUGAUACAGAAUGACACCACCUGCCUUAACUAUUCUCCUGCAGUUUACACCAAAUUGAUCAAUGAAUUCACCAUAUGUGCUGGCUAUGGACCAACCUCAGGUACAAAUCCAAGGAACGGCGACAGUGGUGGUGGCCUAGUCAUUCCUGUUCUGCAAAACGACCACAAGAUCAGUUGGUUCCUACGAGGGGUUCUCUCUAAGUGCGGUGUCUCACCAGGUCAUACAGAAUGUGAUCCACGAUACUACGUAGUAUAUACCGACGUAGCACCACACUACGGUUGGAUAUACCAUCACUCUGGGGAGAAAAAAGCAGCCCUUGCCGAGUUUCUUGCCGGUUCUUCUCGGUACAAGGUCUCCCGCCGUAGAUUUACGAACCGAUGGCGUAGCUCUCGACUUUCACAAGUACUUGUAACAGCCUAG